CAGCUGCCGCGGUCAAGGUCCUUGCUUGCAACUUGCUUCCGCCACCCUCUUCCUUCCCCGUCCCCGUCCCUACUCUCUCCGCUCCUUGAUGAGCGGCCCUACCUCUCCCCCGUCCCGUCAACAUGUCUCCAUGAGGAGGUCACAUGAGUGACCUCUUUUGUUGGGACGAGCCGGAACAUCAUCACUACCGCCCCUCCGUAAACCCCUUCCCUUUCCCCCAAACCCAAAAGCAACCCGCCACCUUCGUUCUCCACCACCAGUUAGUUACCCAACACAACUCGGCCGCCACCUGCACCCCGUCAAAAGACACAAAGCAAGACCCUCUGAGGGCCAUUGCGCCAAUGUCGUCCACCUCGCGGGCCAUUCCCCGUCUGCGUGCCAUCGCCGCUAACUGUUCUUCGCCGCCUCAAGGCCUGUCUUUCACGCCGGAGCAGCGCGUCGCCAAAAACCUCACGGGCCUGAUCCCGCACGUCAUGGAGGACGGCAGCAGGCAGUGCGAGCGCGCCCUCAAGAUGAUCCGCACGCGGCAGACCAACAUCGACAAGUACCUGUACCUGUCUACCAUUAAGAGCCAAAACGUAGACCUCUUCUACCGCCUGCUCGUCGACAACGCCAAGGAGCUGAUGCCGCUCGUGUACACGCCCACCAUUGGCGACGUCUGCCUGCAGUACUCGACCCUGUACACGCGCCCCGAGGCGCUCUACAUCUCUAUCAAGCAGCGCAAGUCAAUCAAGACCAUUCUCAGGAAUUGGCCGUAUCCCAACCCCGAGAUCUGCGUCGUCACGGACGGCUCCCGCAUUCUCGGCCUGGGUGAUCUCGGCGUGAAUGGCGUGGGCAUUCCGAUUGGCAAACUAGCCCUGUACACGGCGGCUGCCGGUAUCCACCCGGCUAAGACGCUACCGAUCGUGCUCGACUGCGGCACCGCCAACGAGGCCAACCUCAAGGACCCACUCUACCUCGGCCUGCGCUCCAAGCGCGUCUCCGUUGCCGAACAGCAGGACUUCAUGGACGAGUUCAUGCAGGCCGCCGCUGAGGUCUACCCCGACAUGGUGGUGCAGUUUGAGGACUUUGAGAGCGAGAAGGCCUUCAAUUACCUCGACCGCUACCGCAAUAACUACAAGUGCUUCAAUGACGACAUCCAGGGUACCGGUGCCGUGGUUCUUGGCGGUUACAUUGGAGCCGUGAACCUGUCCGGCGUUCCCAUCGAGGAGCAGCGCCUGGUAUUCAUGGGCGCUGGUUCUGCCGGCGUCGGUGUUGCCAAGCAGCUGGUCGAGUACUACACCAAGCGCGGUCUCUCGGAGCAGGCCGCCAAGGACAAGUUCUGGCUCGUUGACACCAAGGGCCUCGUAACCAAGGACCGUGGCGACAAGCUUGCCGAGCACAAAAAGUACUUUGCCCGGUCCGACAACAAUGGUCACCAGUUCCGCACCCUCGAAGAGGUGAUCGAGUACGUCAAGCCCACAGCCCUGGUCGGUCUGACUGCCACCCAUGGCGUCUUCACCGAGUCCGUCGUCCGCGCUCUCAAGGCCUCGGUCGAUGCCGGCGGCCUCGGCCGCAGGCCCAUCCUGUUCCCUCUCAGCAAUCCUCUCACCAAGGCCGAGUGCACCUUUGAGCAAGCCGUGGCAUGGACCGACGGCACCGUCAUCUUCGCCUCCGGCUCGCCCUUCUCCGCCUUCACCGUCAAGACGACGGACCACUCCGUCACCUACUAUCCCAACCAGGGUAACAACGUCUACGUCUUCCCCGGUAUCGGUCUCGGCGCCAUUCUCUCCAAGGCGAGCCGCGUGACGGACAACAUGAUUUACACGUCGGCUGCCGCCCUGGCCGGCUCGCUCAACGCCGAGGAGAUCCACAAGGGCCUCAUCUACCCGCGGAUCGAGCGCGUCCGCGAGGCUAGCCUGAUUGUUGCGCGCGAGGUCAUGAAGGCCGCGCGGCGCGAUGGCGUAAGCCAGCUCCCUGAUGAGCAAUGGCUUGAGUGGGAAGAGUGGGGAGAUCCGGCCCUUGACAAGUACAUCAAGGCUCGGAUCUAUGACCCCCAGCUUUAAAAAAAAAAAAAAAAAUCGCCCGGGAGCAUGAGGGUGGCACUGGUCCACUUCCUCUUGAUCAGGGCGUCAUGUCUUCGUCUCCAUCUUGCCUUUGCCCAGAUUCGAAUACUUUUGCUUCACUUGGGAACGGCUAGAGGCGGAUUCGUCUUGGACCGAUUGAAGACGACCUCUUCUUUCCCUUUCAUUGAUGAUUCUCCAAUAUUUAUUAUUUGACUC